UCACACGCCACGCCGGUGCCCCUCUGCCCCGAGCAGCCUCAGAUGCCCGCACUGGCUCGGCCCAGGGCUGGGACCACCCGCUCCUGGGGCUGCGGAGGCCAAAAGCCCGGUGGUGAGAGCUCAUAAGAGGCUCCCGAGAGGACCAGGAGGCCCCAGCCGACCCCUGCCACGCCCCGCAGCUGACCUGAGGCUCUGAGAAGGCCCCGGCACCGGGGAGCCACGGGCAGCCCCCACCAGCCGGAAGAGCAGCUGCCGCCAGCGUCAGGGGCAUGAGGGAGGCCCCCUCCCCAGGGUCCGGAUGCCUCUCUCCCCAAGCAAGGACGUUCGUGGACCCCGGAUGUCUUGGCCCCUCUGUGGUCCCUGGGCUGUAUGUGACUGAGGCCACCCUGAGGAGAAGGCCGUCCCCCCUGGAAACACAGGCCAUGUGGGGCUCCCGGGAGCUGCUUCUGGUGUGGUUCCUGGUGCUGGCAGCAGGUGGCACCGAGCACGUCUACCGGCCUGGCCGCAGGGUGUGUGUCGUCGGCAUUCCCAGGGGCCCCGUGUCCGAGUCCUUCGUGCAGCGCGUGUACCAGCCCUUCCUCACCACCUGCGACGGGUACCGGGCCUGCAGCACCUACCGGACCAUCUACAGGACUGCCUACCGCCGCAGCCCUGGGCCAGCCCCCGCCCGGCCCCGCUAUGCCUGCUGCCCGGGCUGGAAGAGGACCAGCGGGCUCCCUGGGGCCUGUGGAGCAGCAAUAUGCCACCCGCCAUGCCAGAACGGAGGGAGCUGUGUCCGGCCAGGCCGCUGUCACUGCCCUGCAGGGUGGCGGGGCGACACCUGCCAGACAGAUGUGGAUGAGUGCAGUGCCGGAGGGGGCGGCUGUCCCCAGCACUGUGUCAACACCGCAGGCAGUUACUGGUGUCACUGUCCGGAGGGGCACAGCCCACCUGUGGACAGGGCAUUCUGCCUGCCCAGGAGAGGGACCUCCAGGGUGGCCCCAAACCCCACAACAGGAGCGGACAGUGCAGUGAAGGAGGAAGUGCAGAGGCUUCAGUCAAGGGUGGACGUGCUGGAGCAGAAGCUGCAGCUCGUGCUGGCCCCGCUGCACAGCCUGGCCUCUCGCGCCCUGGAGCACGGGCUCCCUGACCCCAGCAGCCUCCUGGCCCACUCCCUCCAGCAGCUGGACCGCAUCGACUCUCUGAGCGAGCAGAUCUCCCUCCUGGAGGAGCAGCUGGGCUCCUGUUCCUGCAAGAAGGAGCUGUGACAGGCCCGGCCCAGGCCCCCUCCUCCAGCCACCAAGACUCUCCCCUCGCCGCGCCCUGCCCUGGGCCCCAUCCCCCACCGCCACCACUCCUCACCAGGGACCCCCAGGCCCCCCCGUGGGGCAGGGCUGAGUGAGGGUCCUCUCCCACUCCCAGCUGGUCGGACCCCUCCACCCAGCCCCUCCACCUGGCCGCCCUGGGGGCCUGGUGGGCCCGGCUGAGGGACGGUACGAGGGCUCCCUGCCCAGGGCACCGUGCCACUUACUGGGCAGCCCUGGUUUUUGUUGGAAUAAAAUGAGACUUGA